GGAAGUCAACAACAGUUGUCAUGGAGACUUUAAUGACAUUCAUCAAUAUGUUAACCACAAAUGCUGCUGAUCAUUGGUGGACAAAUAUAUCUCCUCUGCUGCUGCUGUCACAUUCUCAGAAUAACACUUCCCCUUCAGUUCUCAGAAAAAAAUACCUGAGUUAAAACAAGGAAGCAACAAACAUGAGAGGAGAAACAUCUCAGUUGUGUUCGGUAAUAUAACUUCUUCAGAGCAAACAUCAGGAGAAUAAUUCUGUGUCAUCACCGAAUCCUGAGUUUGUAAACAUCGACAUCUGCAGCUAAAUUAUCAAGUAUUAACGGUUAAACUCACAGGGCACAGUCACUGAGAGGAAGUGAUGCAACUGAAAACGGCAUGAAUGUAUUUUUAAGCAGAACCAACGUUAGAGACUGAAUCAUUAGUGAAAAUAACAGAGCAGUAAGGCACCAUGGCUGCUUUCAGAUGGAUUCAAAUGGUUUUACUUCUGAUCCUCAUGCUUCAGUUUAAAGCACAAAUUGAGAUGCAGCGAACCUUCCUUACUGUCAGAGAUGGAAAUGAAGUCACUUUGCCUUGUGGAAACAGAAGAGACACACAUGAUGAAUCUGAUGAAACUAGUUGGUUCUUCAAUGAUAAACAUUCAUCUGAAAUAAGAGAGCUGGUCAAACUUGGAAAUUCUCACAGAGAAAUGAAAACUAUAUCAGACAGACUGAGUGUUACAGCAAACGGUUCUCUGCUUCUACAUAAAGUCACAGAGGUUGAUGUUGGCCAGUACACAUGCCGUUGGACAAUAUCAGGACAACACCAUGACUUUGCUGUGUAUCUAUCUGUAAUUACAAUAUUUUUCUCUUUAAUUUCUCUUUUUUCACCAGUUGUUGAGCAGGAGAAACCAGAUAAAGUCGCCUUGUUCUGCUCUGUGGUCUUUCAUGACGACUGUCUACAUGAGGUGAAGUGGCUUUAUGAGGGGAAAGAGGAAAAACCCUCAGAUAUGGAAAUAUACCAACAUUCCUGCUCUGCCACUGUGACAUUUCCAACAUCUCAUCAGAAAUUAGACAUUUAUCCGUCUCUAACAUGUAAAGUCACAAACUCAGUCACUAAAGCAGUUCAGCUGAUCCCCUUCAGUCUUCAGUCCUCAGAGGUGACCCAGUCAACACCAACAGCAACACAUCACUGGACAUCUGCAGGGAGCAACAAGGAAGUUAAACAACAAGGUUUUCCAUGGUGGUAUAUUUUUAUUCCAUUAUGCUUAGCGAUGGUUUUAAUAACUGUCCUGGUGAUCAUCAUAUGGAACAAAACUAAAGGAAAUAAAACACAAAUUGAAGGCAGCAUGGUUCCCCAACAUAAAGCGGCAACAAACCAGGACCUGAACCCAGAGUCUUCAGUGGGCCUAGCUGUUCCAGAAACCAGUCAAAAUACACCUGAACCAGAGGAUGGUCUGUCUUAUGCCACCAUCAACUUCAAGAAAUCCAAAAAGAAAACAGGCAAAGUCCAGGAAACUGUGAUCUACAGCACUGUGGGAACUUCUUCCUCUUCUGCUGGAGUCUCCUCUGACACAGACUGUCUUUAUUCUACAGUCAACAAGAAAUAGAAAAAGCAUUAAAAGCUUUACAGCUUGAGCAAAGACACAAUGUACCAAGGCUGAGUCUGCAGUGCAGCGGGUCUCAACUCCCGGCCCAAGAAUCUGCUGUAUAUUCUUCUCUCCUCUCUGUCCAGCAAAGCAAUGGUUAAAAACAGAGAAGGACAAAGUCAAAAACAAAUAUUUUAACUGGAUUUCUGUUUUUUUGUUUGUUUGUUUUGCUUUUAUUUUAUUUAUUUAUUUAUUUUUUGCUUUUGCUACAGAUUAUAGACGGUCAGAAUAUAACUUUAAUAUCUUUUUACACCCAAGUGUGUAACUAAAGAUAUCCUGUAAAUACUGCCCCUAGAGGUGAAACAAGUAUAAACUUUCUCUAUCACGCCAGGAUUUCAUGUUCUUUGUCACAGAUUUAAACUAAAUAAUAUGUUGGUUUGCUCUGCAGAGGAGAUUCGUGGCUCUCUAAAAGAAAAUAUUGAAGGUUGUGGUCGUCAAUGCUUUCCUAUCCUGGGUAAUGUGAGAAAAUCUGACCACCCAGAUAGAAUAAAGUUAGAUUAAGUAUGUUACUGCUUGCCAUAUCCCAGUGAAAUGCAAUGGAGAUGACGUAAAGAGGCUAAAGCAGCUGGAGUCAUAACAUGAAUCAGUCAUCAGACGGUUCAGUUCUGGAAAGUGAAGUGUCCAGUUCGUAGCUCAUCCUGCAUGAUGCUAUAGAGACUCAUUCAGCGUGUUGCUCACGUGUCAUCUGACUCUUAUUUCUGCUGUCUAAGGAAACUUGCAGAGUUAAAAAAGGGAACCAACAGGGCAUGCUGUGGUGGCGUAGGGGAUAGCGCGACCCACGUUUGGAGGCCUUGAGUCGUCACGCGUUCGAUUCCGAGACCCGGCGACAUUUGCUGCAUGUCUUCUUCCCCCUUUCCUGUCAGCCUACUUUCAUAUAAGGGACACUAGAGCCCACAAAAAGACCCCCUGGAGGGGAGGAAGAAAAAAAGAAAGGGAACCAACAGAUCUCAGAUCAGUCAAACACUAUCUGUGUUUUGUAACAGCAGUUUAUCAGUAUGUAACAUUGCAAUCUGAGGUAAUAAUAAGUCUUCACUGUACUGGCCACAUCUGUUAAUAACUAAUAUAACUGAUAAAUGCAGCUGGGAAAUCUUCACAGUCAAGUUCCUCAAUUUUAUCCUCAAUGAAAAUGUGUUUUUCCCUGCUGGUCUUGAGAAAUCAUGAAGCAAAAAUAGCAAAAUGUGUCUCAAGCCAGCGGCCAUGACAGGUGAAACCAACUCAUCGUCAUUCAAAGCUUCAUUCACUGCUCACUAGUGACAUCUGGUGGUAGACUUAAACUGUGACAGGUUGUCACUCUAAUAAACCAUCCUUUAACUGUAUUAGACCAUAGCAAUGUAUUUCCACAACAAAGUUUUUGUGACACCAUUGUCCAGUAAUAGUAAGAUCCAUUCAACCAUAUUUUACUGUCAUAUCUUUUCAGUUCUUAAAAUGAUUUAUACUCAGUAAUUUUGCUGAUGUGUUGACAGUCAGUUGUGGUUGUGCUUUAUGUCAUAGGCUGAUUUGACAAUAAAGAAUUUGCUGUUUCAUCA